UUUGGAGCGUCGCGCAUCUAUGGCAACCAAAUCCAGAAACCACAAACAAUUGUCCAUCCCAUGUUUUUAUUUUCUUACCGUAGGACCUAGCUAACAGUAACGUUAGCUUUCUAUAUUUGUUUCGCUUUUCAUAUUACAUGUUCAUUUUUUUUUGAUCGACUAUGGGGAGGGAUUAUUAUGCAGCAUUGGAGAUAAAUAGAAAUGCAACAGAUGCAGACAUAAAAAAAUCAUACCGACGACUUGCCUUGAAGUACCAUCCUCACACAAACAGCAAACCGGGUGCCUCUGAAAAAUUCAAUCAACUUGCCGAGGCCUAUGAUGUUUUGAGUGACCCUCGAAAAAAGGCAACCUAUGACAAGUUUGGAGAAGAGGGUCUGAAAGGAGGUAUCCCACUUCAGUCUGGGGAGACUGGAGCUUGGACAUCAGGAUACAUCUACCAUGGAAACCCAGACAAGAUAUUCAGGCAGUUUUUUGGAGGUGACAACCCAUUUGCAGACUUCCACAUGCAAGAUGGGAAUGAAGUGGCCAUUGGGUUUGGAGGCCUGCGAGGAAGAGGAGUGAAAACACAAGACACCCCCAUUGAAAGGGACCUUCACUUGGCCUUGGAAGACCUCUUCUAUGGAUGUACCAAAAAGAUCAAAAUAUCUCGUAGGGUCAUGAAUGAAGAUGGACACACAUCCAGUAUCAAGGACAAAAUAUUGACUAUCAUUGUAAAACCAGGAUGGAAUGAAGACACUAGGAUAACAUUCCCAAAGGAGGGUGAUCAGGGACCCAACAGUAUUCCUGCAGAUAUUGUGUUCAUUGUGCGGCAGAAGAGUCAUCCCCGGUUUGCAAGGCAACACAAUGACCUGGUCUUUACAGCCCAGAUCUCUCUGGACAAGGCUUUGACUGGAUUCGCUGUUGAAGUGAAGACACUAGAUGACAGGAUACUCAAUAUCCCCAUCAAUGACAUUGUGCAGUACCUCCAGCGCUCCCUCCUGCCUCAUGUUCGGCCUGUACCUGGUAAUCUACCCCAGGCUUUUGUCCUUGCCCCGGUGGGGCGAAGACCAGCAGAAGAGGGGGAUGUCCUUCCUGCCUCCAAAACAUAUCUCGGAAACUGGUGAUUCCAGAGACCUGGCGGGCAACUCUCAACAAGAAACACCAGCAGUGGAUUGACCGGAUGCUGUUUACCCAAGUUGGACUCAGAGUUGACCAAAGUUACCUUGCUAACUCCUCAAACCUGAUGGCUCCAAAAACAGAUUUUCAUCAACUCAAAUUGAAUUGACAUUGUUAAAGGUUUCAUGAUGCUUAUAUCUAAAGUCACCAUGUCCUAGAGAGAUUUACACGGGUAUCAAAACGUCACGAUGCUUAAAAUUAUUAAAAUACACAAAAGUGAUUGUUGUUGUGUUGAAUUGUGUUUGGGAAAUAUUUAAAUCAAUACAGAAAUGUGUAGGCGGCUUAACUUACCCUGUCCCGUGGCCAAGAGAUCACUUUUUUUGGACAAGCUAUGUUUUCAAAACAGUAACUUUUACAUGAAUUCUGAUUAUUUCCAGGGAUACACAACAUCCUGAAAUAUGUGUGGAUAUCUUUGUUAGAAAGAAUACUGUAUUUUCCUUGACAGAGUGAUGCUGAAUGUAAGAAAUGGCUCAAUUUACCCCACUCUCCCUACCCUGUCCCUAUGUUCAAUUUACUCCAUAUCUGGGGUAAAUUGUGCCUAGAGACCACUUUUUUUGGACAUGCUCUGUUUUCAAAACAGUUGUUGUUUAUAUGAAUUCUGAUUAGUUCCAGUGAUACACAACAUCCUGAAAUAUAUGUAAAUAUCUUUCUUAUAAAAAAUACUAUAUCUCCCUUGAUGUACUGAUGCUGAAUAUAAAAAAAAUUCUCAACAUACCCUACAUACAGUAUGCAUGUGGUACAUUGACAAAAAAGUGAUGUGACGGCCCCUCCCUGCUCUGUCUACUGGGCUUUGCUGCGCUUACUUCCUGCAGGAGAUUGAUGGGCGGAGUAGGGUUGUCAGUGCUGAUGGGGCACACCUGUGUAAGCUCAGCUGUGGCAUAAAGCCACUGCUUCCCCAUUCAGCAGGAGAUUCCUCUCUCUAUGCAUACUGUUGGUUGUUUUGUUGUGGCUUGGCAAUUGAUGCGUAAUUUACUGACCGUCAUGCCUCAUCUGAUUAUUGUUGUGAGUGUUCACUUUACUUAUAGAAUACAUUCAUUUUGUUAUUCCUUUA